AACAGCGUCUCUGUCAGAGUUCAGAAGCUGAGAAGAGAUAGACAGCAACCAUAACCUGUUAGAAGAGAGAGACAACUAAGAAAUGAAGCGGUUCUGAAAGAAAUUUAAUACUUUUAAAAGUCUGAAAAGAAGGAAAGUGGUGGAAAAUGUCUUCUGUUCCAGUACAGCAGCCCUCAGACUCGACGGAGUUCACAGUGGAGGCGGUGGAGAGGGCGCUGCAGCAGCUGUACUAUGAUCCAGACAUGACCCAGAAAAACGUGGCCCAGAAGUGGCUGAGCCAGGCCCAAGCAUCGCCACAAGCCUGGCUCUUCUGCUGGGCACUGCUUAGGCCUGAUAAGGUUCCUGAGAUUCAGUUUUUCGGGGCCAGUACUCUACACGCUAAAAUCACCCGCCACUGGACGGACCUCCCUGCUGAGCAGCACGAGUCUCUGCGCUCCCAGCUCAUCGCUGAGGUGGGUCGUUUCUCCUGCGGGCCAAAAAUGGUUCUGACGCGGCUCUGCGUGGCUCUGGCUUCUCUGAUUCUCCACAAUCUGCUGGACAGUUGGACCACUGCGGUCCCGGACCUCCUGAGAGCGUUCCAGGGAGGCGAGGGGUCGGUGGAGGUGGAUGUCAGGCACCAGGCACUGCUGGAGGUUCUGGUGGUGCUCCCGGAGGAGCUCCAGAUCAGGAAGCUGCCUGCUGAACGUCGAGCUCAUCUACAGAGAGCUUUAGCCCAGGAGUGGAGUUCACUGUGCCCUAUACUGCGGCAGAUCCUGCGCAAAGAGACUACAGCAGGACAGGUGAAAGAACGUGUGCUGAGGUGCCUUUCCUCCUGGCUGGCUCUGGAUGUGGAUCUGGGUGAAAGUGAAGGCCUUCUGCAGGACAGCUUUACGCUUCUAAAGGAGCGGGAGCUCUUUGACACGGCUGUGGAGACUCUCGUCAGCGCUAUUUCACAGUGUGACUGCCAGAGGUUUGUUGACAGUCUGCUGAAGAUGAUGCCUCAGGUGUUGGCUCUUCAGGAGCCUCUGAAGAAAUCAGUUCAGGACAGAGACAUGGAGACAUGUCAUGGAAUCUGCCGCAUCGCUGUGGCACUUGGGGAAACUCAUUGCAGGACUCUUCUGGAGCAGGUAGACCAGUGGCAGGGUUUCCAGGCUUUAGUUAGUAUGAUUCUGUCCUGCACUGGGAUGCCUGGACAUUACCCUGUGGAUGAAACCUCCAGCUCCCUCACACUCACAUUCUGGUACACGUUACAGGAUGACAUCAUGUCUCUGGACACGGAGAAGCAGACGCUGUACCUGCAGGUUUACAGACCAGUUUACUUCCAGCUGGUGGAGGUGUUGCUGCAUAAGGCUCGUUUCCCCAGUGACCAGGAAUUCACCUCAUGGUCAUCUGAUGACAAGGAGCAGUUCAGAACCUACAGAGUUGACAUCUCAGACACUCUGAUGUGCGUCUAUGAGCUGCUUGGCCCGGAGCUGUUGCGUAACCUUUACGAUAAACUGGGGGUGCUGCUGACGGACACCACACACUCGUCCUCGUGGCAGGAUAUAGAGGCUCUGCUGUACGGGUUUCAGUCCAUAGCUGAGACGGUGGACGUCAGUUACUCUGAUGUCAUUCCUGGUCUGAUUGGUCUUAUCCCUCUCAUCACUGCUACCAACGUUCAACUGGCCGAAACCAUCAUGCUCACAAUAGGGUCGCUGGCGGAGUGGCUGGCGGAUCACUCCAUCAUGCUGGCCGGUGCUCUGCGUCUGGUCCUCCAGGCUCUAUCCAACGCUGACCUCUCAGUCUCCACUGUCUCCACCCUGAAGAGGAUCUGCCGUGAGUGUCGCCACCACCUGCGGCCUCACGCUAACGACAUCCUGACAGCUUCACAGGAGGUUCUGGUUAAACAGAUCCAUAAGACCACUCAGAUCAUGUGGCUGAUGCAGGCUCUGGGUUAUCUGCUGUCAUCUCUUCCUGAUGAGGAGAUUCUGGGGAAGCUCCUCUCUCUGCUCUCUCCACACAUCCAGCAGCUGGAGAGACUAGCCAACGAGACACCCAGUCCGGCUAGUAAACUCUCCACUCUUCACAUUCUGGGCCUCAUCUCCAGCAUCUUCUCCACUUUAGACCUGAACACACAAAGAGAGGGACAGGAGGACAGCAGGAACUCUCACUUUCAGCCUCACGCCAACCCAGUUGUAGUCGUGCUACAGCAGGUUUUCCCUCUUAUCCAGACUCUUCUGAGUAAGUGGCUUAAGGAGACUGAGGUAGUGACGGCUGCCUGUGCUGUUUUUGAGAAAUCCCUAAAGACCCUCAUCCGUGACUUUGCCCCCCUUGUUGGUCAGCUCUGUGAGCUGAUUGGUCAGUUGUUCAGCUCUUAUCCACAAGCCUGUGCUUUGGACCUCACACGACAGUUGGUUCAUGUAUUUGCCUGUGAAAAGGAGCAUUUCCCACCAAUCGCAGCUCUUCUAGAACUCGUCACAAGCAUCACCAUGGCAAUUUUUCAGCAUGGUGCUCGAGAUCAUCCUGAUGUGGCAGACUCAUUCAUGCAGCUUCACACACAGGUUAUGAAAAGGAAGCCUGAUGUGUAUCUUACAGGGGGUCUGGAUAUAAAAGUGGUUUUCUAUUGUGGGAUUUUAUCAUUCAAAUUUCCAGAGACGCCUACUGUGAAGUCUACUUGUUUAUUAUUUACAGAGCUGAUUUCUCACUGUGAGGAUCUACCAGAGGUGAGGGAAGUGCUACAGGAGGAUGGUCUUCUGCUGCUCCAAACCCUGCUGGAGUCUAUUGGAGGUCAGUCCCGUGGACUGUUGGAGCACCAGUCUGAGGUGAUGUUCUCUGUGAGCCGUUACUGCCCCACCCUGCUGUCACUCCAGCUCAGAGACGCCCUGCAGCCCCCCGGCUUCCCCAGCGCCCUCCUCACCCCAGAGCAGAAAGAGCACUUCUGUCAGCAGGUCCUCAGAGAACAACUGAGCAAGUGGAAGAUGCGGGACGUCAUAAAGGAGUUUUCUCUGCUGUGUCAGGGCCUGCCGGGAGUGGAAUAUGCAGCCAGUUAUUAAAGCCCAGAGUAAAAACAAUACACAUUUUAUAAUGGACACAAGGCCCGAAGGAGAGAAGAUAAGUGACGAUGCACUUUCAGAUUAACCUGGAUGCGCUGGCCUGGACUGGUUGAAGCUGAACGUUGAGCAGUUUAAAUAUUAUUAUAUGUUUGAUUUUAGUAAACUGUUGGUUUUGGUUUUGUUUUUUGACCAAUUUUGUACUACAACUACCGUAUUUUUCGCACUAUAAGGUGCACUAAUCCAUUAAUUUUCCCAGACAUAACCAGUGCACCUUAUAAUCCAGUGCACUUUAUAAUCCAGUGCACCUUAUGUAUUAAAAAAGAACCAGAAAAUAGACCUUCAAUGAUAGUGCACCUUAUAGUCUAUAAAAAUAUGGUACAUAGUGCUGUUUACUUUCCAUUUUUUUGAAAUAAAUCUAAAUAUAUUUGA